AUUUUCCUCUUGUUUAUUCUCCACCUCGACAAAACCCCACGAAAGGGAUUCGAGACCCGUCGCCCAUUCACUUGAACCAUCUCAACGCCUGCGCAUGUCCAUCACUACACCCGGCAUCAUCGCGCAACGUACAAAUUCAUCAAUUCCUCGCUGCCGCCUCUGAACAUUGCAUCUCGACAGGUUUCUUAUUCUUUGGGGUUGCAAAUUUGGCCGUCAUUUGCCCUUAUUUUAUGUCGCAUUCGCUGUUCAGCCUCGCUCACUCGCUUUCCUCGUUGCGUUGCCACGCGCACCAGCCAUACUCCAGUAAUGGGUCUACCACUAUUCAUAGCCCCCGUCGAGUCCGACAUCCCGUCCAAGCCUGCGGCGAAGAGCCCUGCUGACAUCGCGCAUUCGCGAUCGCCCAUCCGUCGCGUCGGCAAUCGACGUCGCGAGCUCAAUGACAUUCGAGAACACCGCUUGGGAUUGCUUGCUGCUUUGCAGAGUAAUGAGAGCAACUCGAACCUUCCCCAGAACCGUCCCGCAGAGCGUUUGUCGCCGGAUGAGCCGACCGUCAACCUUGUAUCACUCCCGCCUUUCUUCGAUGAACCGUCAUUCGAAGAGCUAGCUGGUCUCAUCCCCCGCAACCGCUCUGAGAGUCGUGGUCCCCGUUCCAACGUGGAGAUUGAGAUACCCGGUAUCGAAAUAGAUGGUCCCGGUAACCGCUCUGAGAGUCACGGACCUCGAUCCAAUGCCAACAUAGAAAUCCGCCCUGUUCGAGUGGAGGUGCCAGACACGACUCCAUUACACGAGGAGAGCUAUAUGAGAAACGAUCGCGUCUCCUGGAAUGACUCGAGCCGGCCAGAUCAAUGGAGUCUGGGAGCGCGCUCUUCUACUCGUGUGCCGCGCAUGCGAUCUUCUCGAGAGGUCAUCAAUGGGCCUCCCUUCGGAUCAUCGAGGCGCUACGUGCUCCCCCGUGGUUACGAGUCCCGCACUCCCGGUCGUAGUUACGAUAGCAGCGAUUACCUAUCCUACCGCUCGGCAACCCCUCAAGGACCCGAUCCCGCAGAGUAUCUGACCGAGUACCGUCGACGCCGAGGUCUGCGAGUCUCGUCAAACCAAGCUCGAAUUCAUCGCCAUGUUCGUUUGGUGCGAUACGCUGAUGGACUGGGUGAUCGCGACAGAAGUUUGAGUCCCGAGGGCGAUAGAGAAUGGGAUACUCUUCAGUCUACCCUUACCCCCGACCCCCAGCCCCCAAGCGUUGGUUCUUCAUUUGCCUCCACCUCAGCCUCUGCGGCAGCAUCUCAAACGACUGCGAAUUCGUCAAACACCUCUAUGACGAACCCGGAAGAAGAGGCAGAGCCACCUUGUGAUCCGGCUGUCGACAAUUCGGAUACUGACGGGGAGAGAGAUGAGGACGCUGAGGAGCAACAAACCGAACCCCCUCGACGACCGACCCUACAAUGGCGACGGUCGUAUGCAGAUGUCGUCGCAGAACUACUCCCUGCAUCUCGAGACGAUGGUCCCGAGCGAUUGGAAUGGCUGUCGGACAUGCAAAAUAUCAUACGCCGUCUGGCUGAACAAGAGCGUAUACCGGAUGAAUGGUGGGCUGGAGCUGGUCUCAGCCGAUCCGCGGCAUGGGAUGAGUCUAAUUAGAGCCUGACGUUCUGGGAAUUUGUUUUAUGUGCAGGGUCGGCCGUGAUACCAGUCACUUAGUUCGCGGAUUGGAAUAACUGAAUGCGGAAAAGCCGGAGAUUUACGCUCUAUUUGAGGUGGGACAAUAUGUUCUUCCCACUUGAGACGGGGGGCUGUAAAGUAGAUGUACAUUUGAGAAGACAUAUGGCAGCUGGCCUACAAGCGUCAAGCUCCUACUAUUACCAGCAUAUCUCAUGGGAUGUAAUGGGCUCGAAGUCUUCCAGCUUCUUAGAAUUAGUGUGGUAUCGUCAAUGUUUCAAGUCUGUUAGGCGUCUG